GUAUUGUCCUUACAAACCAUUUCAUGUAGUAAUUGAGUUUUGAAAAUUGAACACAAUGAUGCUUGUACUGUUGAUUUGUUUCUUUGUCGGACAGUCUCUUGCCGCUACAACAAUGGCACCACAUAGUACUAAGCAUCAUCAUCACCAUGGAACACGUCCAACACACGAACCUGUAGUGGUAGAGGCCUUUGGUUUCAAAUAUGAUCCUCAUUCUCAUAUUAUGGCCGCCAUGACACAUCAUAAAUGUUAUCUUUACACCAUGGCUGGCACAGAGUCAGCUGAUGUACAUACAACUCACGGUCUUCAUUUACUUGAGACGAAACUUAUUACCAUGGUAGACGACACAACUAUGACAUACAGUACCAUGUCACAUGAUGAACUGACCGCUAUCAGUAAAUUGUUAGCCCAUACUUGUAACAAGGCUGGAUGGACCACAUACAAACUUAAUUAAAUUUAACUCUACAUCGUUUAUAAA